AUGACCGUGUCCGCGAGCCCGGCGGACCUCGUCAAGUAUCUCGCGGCCGUCGGCCACGCGCCCAAGAUCGUCGACUUCGGGGGCGCGCCGGCCGCGCCGGCCGCGGCGGCGCCCAAGGCGCCGAAACCGCCCAAGGCGCCCAAGGCGCCCAAGGCGCCGAAGCCGCCCCAGGCGCCCCAGGCCGGCGGGCGGAACAAGAAGGGCUCGAAGGAGACGCUCGACCGCAUCGUCGCGUCAAAGGCCGGCGACUUCGCGACGUGGUACGGCGAGGUCAUCACCAAGUCGGAGAUGAUCGAGUACGGCAAGAUCUCCGGCUGCUACAUCCUCCGGCCCUGGUCCUUCGGGAUCUGGGAGCAGAUCCAGAAGGCCUUCGACGGCUGGAUCAAGGACGAGCCGCUCGAGGUCGAGAACUGCUACUUCCCCCUCUUCGUCACCAAGGGCGCCCUCGAGGCCGAGGAGGACCACGUCGACGGCUUCGCGCCGGAGGUCGCGUGGGUCACGCGGUCCGGCGAUUCCGAGUUGGCGGAGCCCAUCGCGAUCCGGCCGACGUCGGAGACGAUCAUGUACCCCGAGUUCGCCAAGUGGCUCCGGUCCCACCGCGACCUGCCGCUGAAGCUGAACCAGUGGUGCUCCGUCGUCCGCUGGGAGUUCAAGUACCCGACGCCGUUCCUCCGGUCGCGCGAGUUCCUCUGGCAGGAGGGCCACACGGCCCACUACGAGCUCGCCGAGGCCGACGCCAUGGUCUACGCGAUCCUCGGGCUCUACAAGAAGGUCUACGAGGAUUUGUUGGCCGUGCCCGUGAUCCCGGGCACGAAGACGGAGAAGGAGAAGUUCGCCGGCGGCCUCCGGACGACGACCGUCGAGGCCUACAUCGACGGCUCCGGCCGGGCGAUCCAGGGCGCGACGUCCCACAACCUCGGCCAGAACUUCGGGAAGAUCUACGGCAUCGAGGUCGAGUCCGCGGACGGCUCGGGCGGCAAGCGCGUGCCCUGGCAGACGUCCUGGGGCCUGACGACGCGGUCCAUCGGCGUCAUGGUCAUGGUCCACUCCGACGACCAGGGCCUCGUGCUCCCGCCCAGGGUCGCGCCGGUGCAGGUCGUCGUCAUCCCCAUCAUCUCCAAGGCCUGCCCCCUGGCCGAGCUCCAGGGCUUCGUCGACUCCGUCAAGGCCGAGCUCAAGGCCGCGGGGCUCCGCGUCCGCGUCGACGACCGGGGCAACCAGUCGCCGGGCUGGAAGUACAACCACUGGGAGCAGAAGGGCGUGCCCCUGCGCGUCGAGGUCGGGCCCCGCGACGCCGCCGCGCAGUCGGUGAUGGCCGUGCGCCGCGUCGACGGCGGCAAGAAGGCGCUGCCCCUCGCGGGCCUCGGCGCGGCGCUCGCCGCGGAGCUCGACGACGUCCACGCGGCCAUGUUCGCCAAGGCCAAGGCGGCGCGCGACGCGAAGCUCGUCCGCGUCACGGACUGGGCCGACUUCGUGCCCAAGCUCAACGAGAACAACCUCAUCCUCACGCCCUGGUGCGACCCGGCGGACCAGGACGCGGAGGAGGCCGUCAAGGACAAGUCGCGGACCGAGGCCCUCGAGGCGCUGGGCCUCGACGACGAGGACGCGCGCACGGCGACGUCCCUGGCCGCGAAGACGCUCUGCGUGCCCCACGACCAGCCGCCGCUCCCCGCGGGCACGAAGUGCUUCUUCACGGGCAAGCCCGCGACCUGCUGGUGCCUCUGGGGCCGGUCCUACUAG